AAAACAGUCUUGGUGUGGCAAGUUGCAUUAUCCUCACCCCCAAAAUGAAAGCAACAAUGUAAUGCAUUGUCCCCUUGGUAUGGCCUAGUGGUUGGGGUGGUUGUCUGUUGUCCAAGAGGUCACAUGUUCGAAUACUCCCGGCCACAAUAAUCAUUAGGGGGUGUGUGGUUUGUAUUAUUUAUAAUGUAAUUUCAUAAAAAAAAAAAACAAUGUAAUGCAUUCACACACAUACGGAGUCAAGCAGUAGUGUGACUGCGCGUUGAUCACAUUGAGGCAAUCUCCCUCUCCCCGCAAAAGUAGACCACACGCCCCUUCUCUCUCUAUUAAACCCAAACACAAAUUUCAAAACAAUCAAAAUCCUUAAUUGGAAAACUAAGACGCCAUGGAUCGGUCCUCCAGCACCAAGAAGAAGACCGACGGGGAAGACGGCGAGAGGAAUCUCGCGGCGGCGCAGGAAGACCGGGCCAACGGCGUUGAGGAUGAGUCGGUGGAGAGGAUUUUCGAGAGCAAGGAGGUGCCGUCGUGGCAGAUGCAGCUCACGCUGCGGUCGUUCGUGGUGAGCUUCAUUCUAUCAAUUCUGUUCACGUUCAUCGUGAUGAAGCUGAAUCUCACGACUGGGAUCAUCCCGUCGCUCAACGUCUCGGCUGGCCUCCUCGGAUUCUUCUUCGUCAAGACGUGGACCAAAUUUCUCGAGAAAUCAGGCUUUCUGAAGCAACCAUUUACUAGGCAGGAGAACACCGUCAUUCAGACUUGCGUCGUCGCCUCCUCCGGCAUCGCCUUCAGCGGAGGCUUUGGAAGCUACCUUUUUGGUAUGAGCGAAGCCAUCGCCAAACAAACUACUGAAGAUAAUAAUCCGCAGAAUGUGAAGAAUCCUCAACUGUCAUGGAUGAUUGGGUUCCUGUUCGUCGUUAGCUUUUUGGGUCUCUUUUCUGUUGUACCUCUUCGGAAGAUAAUGAUCAUUGAUUUCAAACUUACUUAUCCAAGUGGUACUGCAACUGCUCAUCUCAUCAAUAGUUUUCACACUCCUCUAGGAGCCAAGUUAGCCAAGAAACAAGUAAGAACUUUGGGGAAGUUCUUCUCCUUCAGCUUCCUCUGGGGUUUCUUCCAAUGGUUUUUCACUGCAGCAGAUUCCUGCGGAUUUGUGAAUUUCCCUACAUUUGGCCUUAAAGCAUAUGACAACAGGUUCUACUUUGAUUUCUCUGCAACAUAUGUUGGUGUUGGUAUGAUAUGUCCGUAUCUCAUCAACAUAUCGUUGCUGGUUGGCGCUAUCCUGUCGUGGGGCAUUAUGUGGCCGCUCAUAAACAACAGGAAAGGCGACUGGUACUCUGCCAAGUAUCCAUCCAGCAACCUUCAUGGCUUGCAAGGUUACAGGGUCUUCAUUGCCAUAGCUAUGAUUCUUGGCGAUGGACUCUACAACUUCGUUAAGGUCCUAAGCCGCACCUUAUUCGGCUUGUACCACCAACUCCGCAACAAAAAUACCGGCCAAGCCCUUCCCGUAGGCGGCCACACCCCUCUGCCUCCUACUCUCUCCUACGAUGAUCACCGUAGAACCCAACUUUUUCUCAGGGAUCAAAUCCCUACAUGGAUUGCCGUUGCCGGCUACAUCACCAUUGCAGUAAUCUCUGCUGCUACUAUUCCUCACAUCUUCAACCCUCUAAAAUGGUACUACAUUGUGGUGAUAUACUUAUUUGCACCCGCCCUAGGCUUCUGCAACGCCUAUGGAUGCGGCCUUACUGAUUGGUCACUGGCUUCGACUUACGGCAAGUUGGCCAUAUUUGUGAUCGGUGCAUGGGCCGGGGCUGCGCACGGAGGUGUUCUGGCGGGGCUGGCCGCGUGCGGGGUGAUGAUGAACAUCGUGUCGACUGCCUCGGACCUGACGCAGGACUUCAAGACCGGGUACAUGACCCUUGCAUCUCCACGGUCUAUGUUCGUGAGCCAGAUCAUCGGUACUGCUAUGGGCUGCGUGAUCUCGCCCUGCGUGUUUUGGCUCUUCUACAAGGCAUUUGAUGAUCUCGGGGUGGAAGGGUCGCAGUAUCCGGCACCUUACGCUACCAUCUACCGCAACAUAGCCAUCUUGGGAGUGGACGGAGUUUCGUCCUUGCCCAAGAACUGCCUCACGCUGUGCUACGUGUUCUUCAUCGGGGCCGUUGUGAUCAACGUCAUCCGAGACGCGUUGGGACCCAGAUGGGCGAGGUUCAUUCCCAUUCCUAUGGCGAUGGCGAUCCCGUUCUAUCUCGGGGCGUAUUUCACCAUUGAUAUGUGUGUUGGGAGCUUGAUUCUUUUCGUUUGGGAGAAGAUUGAUAAGGUGAAGGCGGACGCGUUCGGGCCGGCCGUGGCUUCUGGAUUGAUCUGCGGAGACGGGAUAUGGACGUUGCCGAGCUCGCUGCUGGCUCUCGCCGGCGUCAAGCCACCUAUCUGCAUGAAAUUUCUCUCCAGAAAAGUUAACACAAGGGUUGACAACUUCUUAGUAGGAGGUCAUUAGCUACGGAUGUCUCUCUGUUUUGUGCUUUCAUCUAUUUCUAUACACGCCUUAUGUUUCUUGUUUUGGUAUUGUGUAUACUAGUUUGUAAUUCGUGGAAUCUAUUAUUUUAAUUACCUUGUAAUUUAUAAAAGUAAAUUAUAUUUUGAUAA